AUGGUCUUUACUGAUGACGAAGCUACCCAACUUCUACAUCCGCACCAUGAUGCUUUGGUGAGUACGUUUCAGGUUACAAACAUUAAUCUAAAGCGAAUUUUGAUUGACAACGGAAGUUCAGCCAAUGUAUUAUUUUUGGCUACAUAUAAAGGGAUGGGUCUGGAUGAGACCUUGAUACUGCGGAAGUCGACGACACUCAUUGGGUUUAAUGGCAAGGUGAACCAUUCAUUGGGUGAAGUUGUGUUGCCCAUUUCUGCCCUAGGAUUGAACAAGCAGACCAGGUUCUCCAUUGUGGAUUCACCUUCUGCUUAUAAUGCCAUUCUGGGACGCCCUUGGUUGCAUGCCAUAAGGGUCGUACCCUCCACUUAUCACCAAGUCCUACGCUACCCCACCAAUGGUGGCGUUAGGGAAAUCUUGGGGGAUCAACACUCUUCUAAGACUGCCUGUUUAUCUACGAGAAAGAUUGAUCCAAUUCUUAUAGCAGCAUCACGAUUGUUUUACGUGGAGCUGUGGAGCCAUACAGAUAUGACUGGGAUAGAUCCUGAGGUCGUGAUGCAUCAGCUCAAAGUUAAUCCUGAAUAUCCUUCUGUUAAGCAGAAGAGAAGGAAAUUCGCUCCUGAACAAAACCUAGUGAUUAAUGAAGAAGUUCAGAAGCUGUUAGACAAUGGGUCUGUAGUGGAGGUACAGUACCAUGACUGGCUAGCUAACAUCAUCGUCGUGAGGAAAAAAAAAUGGCAAGUGGAGAGUCUGUAUUGA